AAGUGAUCAAUCAGCGAAAGAGUUGUUGGCUGUAGCGGUGUACGUUAUCGUCUGCUCCAUGAAAAAGAGUCGUGCAUAAAUAUACAGACAUACGAUAAAAGGGGUUGGCUUAAAUCAAAGUGUGAUACACGGCAAAAGUUUUUUUCGUGAAGAAAAGUGGUGUCAAGAUGUAAUGAAGGCCGAAUGGAGCUUUAUAUUUGUCCGAAACGAAGUGAUAUGAUAACAUGGCUGAACUAGCAAGGCGAUGGAGUGUCAUACUUCUCAUCGCGCUUCAAACUCUUUUAGUUUCUACUCUGGAUAUGUGGUGGAAUCUUGGAGUGCAUCAUUUUGACACGUUUCGAAAGAGUAAUUUAUAUUUAUUAGCCGCCCAGCCCAUGUGUACAGAAUUACAGGGAUUAUCUCCGGGACAGGUUCGAUUCUGCCGUGUAUAUCAUGAUCAUAUGCCAAGCAUUGGACGAGGUGCUCAAAUGGGAAUAGGUGAAUGUCAAUAUCAAUUUAGAAACAGACGUUGGAAUUGUAGCACAGUCGACGAUUCGUCAGUGUUCGGUCCAGUGUUAAAUAUAGCGAGUCGGGAAGCGGGUUUUACACAUGCUAUAUCAGCAGCCGGAGUAGUAUAUGCCAUAAGCCGUUCCUGUAGGGAGGGUGAACUUUCUAAAUGUGGAUGUAGUAGAGCACGGCGUCCUAAAGAUCUUCAUCGAGAUUGGAUUUGGGGUGGCUGUGGAGAUAAUAUAGAAUACGGUUAUAAAUUCGCUAAAGCAUUCGUCGACAUGAGGGAAAAAGAGAAAAAUCACCCAAGACAUUCGAGGGAACUAUCUCGGAUGUUGAUGAAUGUUCAUAAUAACGAAGCUGGAAGACGGUCUGUCUAUAACUUUGCUAAAGUGGCGUGUAAGUGUCAUGGAGUUUCUGGAUCCUGUUCCUUGAAGACAUGCUGGCAACAGCUUCCCAACUUCCGGGAAAUCGGCAAUCGUCUAAAAGAUCGAUAUGAUGCGUCAACAGAGGUUAAAUUCAACAAACGCGGAACAAAGCUGGUACGAAAAGAAAAAAAAUGGAAUAAAUUCACGAAAAAUGAUAUUAUUUUCUUAGACGAAUCUCCCGAUUAUUGUCAUGUAAAUGAAGUAACGGGGUCGGUCGGAACAGUUGGUCGCGAAUGUGAUCGUAAUUCAGAGGGACUCGGUGGGUGCGGACUUUUGUGUUGUGGUCGUGGCUACAACACCUUUAAGAGAAAGCUUGUAGAGCGUUGUAACUGUAAAUUUCAUUGGUGUUGUUUUGUGCGUUGUGGUACAUGUGAACGCUUUGUGGACGUACACAUAUGUAGAUAAGAACAACUGCCAGUGAAAAUCUCAUUUAUGAAUCUCUACGCCAACAGGAAGUUGUGCUAUAUUAAACGGAAGUGCUCUCACCACAAUAUUUGUGGUGUCAGAUUUGAACUUGAAUAUCAACAAUCCGUGUCGUAGGAUGAAUUUAUUUUAGUGACGACAAAUACAUGUAAUAUGUUUGAUGAAUGACUAGGUUGUGGUUUUAUUGGCAUGAUCGAAGGACAUGACUUAAACUGAUUAGCCAAGAACAUGGUAUAUUAGACCAGAGACAUUAAAAUAAGGUCAAAGUGUCAUGAUUUUACUUAUAAGGACAAGCUCGAUCACGUGUCUUGAUGAUUUUAAUCAAGUGACAAGCUUAGCCCUGUGGAAACAAAACAGUGAAUAAAUUAGUAAUAAAUAAAAGACAAGCAAGUUCGGCAUUUUAAAUAUAUAUUUUGAUUGUAAAUAUUUGUAAUGUUAAUAUUAAUUGUAUUGAUAUUUAUUGUUGUAAUAUAUUUCUUAUUUUAAAAUAUCAAAAUGGCGGCAUCACGACGUGAGUGACGCCAUUUGAUAUUAAGAAAAUGUCGUGUGCAAGAAUUUAUGUAUCUCAGGUAGUUUUCCGCAUUAUUUCACCAUAGAAACCACGACUCGAGUAUCCAGUUUAAUAUGUAGAUUUGUACGUAUUGGUGUCUGUACAAUAGUUAGGGCUGUAUAUUGUAAUUACACAUGUAGAUUACAAUAUGUAUACUAUUUUGCUACCUUAUAGAAUGUGACAUUAUGAGUGAUAAUAUAGAUACAAUACAUUUUAUUUACAUGUAAUAAAUAAUGUAACCAACUGAUUUGGCCGAACACCACAUUCAUUUUACCAGCCAUGGCAAAGAAUAAUAAAAAUUGGUAGCGAAGCUGAUCAUUGGGUAUCCCAGCGACCAACCCUUCGACGGCUAGAAUAAUUAGUAAGCUUAUAAGAACAGCAUAUUUGAUAUUUUAAUUAUUAAUUUAUCACAAAUUAGAGAUAUGUUUGAACUAUGACAAUGAUGCAAUUAUUGCGGCGGCAUAUUAACUCGGUACUUUAGUCUUCAACUGUGAACAUGAUAUUAAAAAAACUAAUUAUCAUAAAGCAUGUAAAAGUAUUGAUAUAAUGUGCUAUUUCAACUAGUGAUUGGACAAGCCCUAUACGAUUAAAUGUGUGUUUGGUUUACUGUCGACUGUAGAACACAAAAUCGGUUAUAUUUCAACAUGGCUAUAUCACCAUCCCAUAAAACAGAUAACAUAUAAUAUCCAAUGAAAUUUUGACCCAAAUCAAAGAGGUCUAGUCAUUUUAAAUAUAUCAAAAUAAAAUCAGGACAAAUGAAACGCAACAAUUAUAUUGUAAUAAUUUAUGAUUGAAAUAUAUACCAAGAUGUAUGUAUGUAUAAGUUAUUUACAUAUUAUGUAUAAGUAGUAAAAGGAGACAGGCCUUAUGAAGUUAAAAAUCUGUAUCUAGAUUUAUAUAAUGUAUUCAGAUAACACUGCCGAAGUACAUGUAUGUCCCGCACAAUUGUUUCGCCACACCUCUUCAAGACGUCCACAGAACAUUCGUAACGCUACAAUCUCUCCGAAACCACCGCAAGAUACGACAAUACAAGUUCAUGAAAAAUUUUACUUUACCUCACUUUCGUUCAUUUCUGCUGAAUGUCAGUUUCGCGGGAAACAAUUCAAGGGAGGCUACUCUGAUGUGGACAUUUUUUUAAACUGAUUGUAAGCUUCCUAUUUAGAUGAUUAACAUAUCAGCAUUGUGUUAUCCCACAAACCUAGCAAGUCAUAAUAUGAUUUGAUCAGGGUAAUUUUUUAAAAAAAAUGAAGAAUUUAGUAUGUAGAUAAUUGCCACAUUAUUUAUGAACUGACAAAUUGUGGUUUAGAUGUAGGUUGUGGACAACUACUACAAGGUCGUGUUUGACUGACCAGUAUCUGAAUCUGGGUUCCUUUAUUUACCUUUAAGAAUUUGCUCUUUUAACUGUGAUCGUGUAUUGCUUACGUUCCUGUCAUUCUGUCCACAAGUCCUUGUAGACGCUCUAGGGGCUAAAUAUAUCAUCCGACUGACUUGAAAUUUAUACCCAGUGCUUAUGUUGAUGAGAUGAAUAAUUCUGUUGACUUCCAGCGGUUACUUAGAGUUAUUUCCCUUUAUCACCUUUUAAAUUUGAUUGGCGUUUUGUUCAUGAUACUGCUAGAGAGAUACCUAUCAACUUUAAAUGAUUUCCGAUACUUACUGUCUGCAGGGAUGUUACCUUUAGUUACCGUUUAGUCUUAUGUUGGCAACAACCUAUAAGGACGGCUCGAACGGUUUGCUGUUGUGCGCGCAUGGUUCGUUGCCUGGCAACCUAUAUACCAAGUUAGCGUGUAAUGUUCAGUCUGACCUGAAAUGAAAUAGGUAGAGGAUGAAUUCAAAAUGAAUCUGAAUUCAGACCCACACGGAUUCAUUUUAAUCAAAUAUAACCCAAAAGUACAGUAUAUUGGUUCAUUUUGCUAAAGGCUAUUCAGUGCCCCUCCCCUCUAAGUUAUAAACUAAUAUUAAAUACGACAGUGUUAACUCGUAAUUUCAGGGAAUUUACAAUAAUUAUUUCAUCAUACAGGCCUCUUUUAUUUAAGAACACUGAACAAUUUAACAGUUCAAAAUAUGAAAACACUAUGAGAAAGUACAGUUCUUGGUUUGCUUAAAUAACAUGUGUAGUAAAAUUAGUUCUGUUCUAUAAAUUAAGUAAUUCUGAAACAAAGGGUGUACAUUAUUAUAUACUAAUUACACUGUAAAUAAAUCUCAGAAAUUCGAA